UCAGCUGUUCCACACUCUUCUUCUCUUCCUUUUAAUAACUGUUGCAAUGACUCCAUCGAUGAGACUGUCCAAAGCAUUUCGUGCUGCAUGUGAACUUUGAAAUUCCAGCUGAGAGCUCCACGAUGCAGCCCUGAAGGACAGAGCGAUGACCCGCUGUAGUGGCAAAGAGGAAGAUGAGCAGAGUACUGAAGGAGCAGGAAAAGCUGUGGAGAACCAGAAGAAGAGGAAAAAGCAUGUGUCUUUCCCUCCAGAUGAGCAGAUAGUUUCAGGCUUUGCUGAACACCAGAUCAGAAAGGCUGACAGCUGCCUCACCUUGGCAGAGGUUAUGGUGGCCUACCAGCAGAGCUGCAGCAAACAUCAGGUUCAGCCCAGAGAGCACGUCCUGCAACAGCUCCAGCAGGGCGUCUGUGUAGGUGGUGCUAUGAAAUGUCUGGAUCUCAAAGGUGAGCGAUUAGACCACCGCUCCUGUGAAGCUCUGGAAGCCGUCCUGAAAUCGUUGCACUUUGAUUUCAUCAAUCUGCAGGCGGCUCAACUGGAAGAAAAUGGAGCCUCGUCCAUGCUGGAUAUGAUUUUGUACUAUGAAUCUACAACCCAUCUUGACAUUUCUGACAACAGCAGCAUGGGAACGUCGGCGUGGAGAGCCCUCGCUCAUUUGAUAAAGCAGAGCGUGCAUCUCUCCAGACUGGACGUGUGUAACGUGCCCUUGGUGGACUAUCCGGCACAGUCUCUGGCUAAAGCUCUGCUGACCAGCCGGCUCACAAUCCUGCAUCUUCACAACACUCGGCUCAGCGGCAUGCCACUCUUCAAACUGGUUGGUGCUCUGAAAUCAAACAAAACAUUGCAAGAGCUCCAUCUCACCAACAACCUGCUGAACAGCUACCAGGAUGCCCUGCAGCUGGGAGACCUUCUCCGAUACAACAACACUGUCCACACACUACAGCUCAGCCACAACGCUAUAGCAGAUACUGGUUUGGAGGAGCUGUGUGAUGGCCUGAGGUGGCAGACGGCAGGUCUGAAAGUUUUAUUGCUGAGGAACAACCAGAUCACUGAAAGCGGCAUGAUUCAUCUGGCCAAAGCACUGCCGGUGCUGAAGGUCCUACAGGUUUUAGAUUUGGGAGAGAACCACCUUGAGAAUGAAGGAAUCCAGAUCAUCAGGGAGCCUCUAAUGAUGAAUCGCACACUACUGCAGCUUGGUUUGGCCCAAGCAUCCAUAACCUGUGAAGGUGCUGUUGCACUGGCUGAGUUCCUUGCUGAGAGCCAUCAGAUUCAGGGGUUGGACAUCCGUCAAAACCAAGUAAAGGUUGGAGGUCUGAUGGCCUUGUGCCUGGCCCUGAAGAUCAAUCAGUCUCUAGCUAGUUUGGAUUUGGACCUCAUACUCUCACAGGAGAAGGAUGAAUUUCUGGUGGAAACACAGGUAAGGCUUCAGUCAGAAAUCACCCAGCGCUGUCUGACCAACGCCAGCCGCAGCCUUUUCUCCUCAGACUCCUGUGAUACGUUCGCCACAGAACCACAGAGGCCAACGCCCAAGCUGACAUUGUGACUGCGCACAAACAAAGCAUAAAGGACGGCUUUGUAGAGAUCGCCGCCCUAACCUCUCUUCAGUCGCACACGCAGUGUACACAGCGUCACGUCCCCAAGUCCCCAACCAAACAGCUGACUAGUAGAUAUAUGCGGAUAAUAAUUCUAUCACAAAUAAUGAUAAUCAUAAAACUCCAAAUCCAGGUAAUAAAAGCGGAGUAGAGCUCCCUAAUGAAACGCCGGCCUCCCCACUGCUUCCCACCUAAUGUUCCCGCCGAGUUGCUCGCCACUUUCCAUAAAGCAAUUUUGCAAGCCCACUUCAAACGUGAAUCACCUAGAAAUGAAGAGAGGGCUCUUCUAGCCCCCCCACCACCCCCGCUCCAUCCACCAUCAUCACCCGUCUCCCCCUCAACGCUCACACUUAGUCUGCAUGUGUCUGUUGCAAAUCCCUGUUUGCUUGUGUUCCAUCAUCACUUAAUGUUCACAGUGAUGCAUUGUGGGACACUUGUGUGUGUGUGUGUGUGUGUGUGUGUG